CUGAGGUUCACAACACAGGCCGGUCUUGGUCUUCCUGCAUUCCACUUGCCUUUGGUUCAAUUUGAGCUGCAGUUGCCAUCAUGAGACUGGGCAUGCUUCUACUGUUCUCGGUGCUUUGGACGGCACAAGGUUUUCCUGCACAUAACGGUUGUGUCGGAAGACCAGGCGGUCCCCCAGGUUUAGUCAAUCCAUCUUUCCAACCAGUGGUAUUUGUACCCGUCUACUUGGCUUCUCCGGCAACUGGUCCAUGCGGUGGUCCAGGUCAAGGAGGUGAUGGUGGAAGUGGAGGAAGCGGUGGAAGUGGAAGUGGAACCGGAAGUGGAGGAAGCGGUGGAAGUGGAAGCGGUAUCGGAAGUGGAGGAAGCGGUACCGGAAGUGGAGGAAGCGGUACCGGAAGUGGAUGAAGCGGUGGAAGUGGAGCCGGAAGUGGAAGAAGUGGUGGAAGCGGUACCGGAAGUGGAGGACGCGGUGGAAGUGGAAGUGAAACCGGAAGUGGAGGAAGCGGUGGAAGUGGAAGCGGUACCGGAAGCGGAGGAAGCGGGAAACCUCAAGGACCGGCUUCGAGAGGAUCACCUCUGGCGAGUUUUCGCUCGCACUAAUCACUAGGAAUUUCACACUGAUUGGAAGUUGCUCGUCUGUGAUUGCCACUAUCCUUAACUAGGGGAUCAGUGGCUGAUGUUUAAAUCCUGAUUCCUUUUUUUAUCGGUAUUCAAUUCAAUGUUAUGGGAUAAUGAAGAGCAA